AUGUAUAGAAGCUUUCCAAGUCAUGUUGUUGUUUUUGGAGAUGAUUGUAGACACAAGCUGGUGUUUCCAGAGGAUUGGACUGCCUUGUUGACUGGAGUUUGUAGUCCUGUGGAGGUUCUUCGAGGUCCUAAUAGCCGUAUAUGGCCUAUGCAGCUGGUGAAGGUUACUGAAGAUACAAGAACUAAUAUGUGUCUUGAUAUUGGUUGGGAAAGUUUUGUUAUUGAAAAUUACCUGGUUGAUGGUGAAAUAAUGAUUAUCUAUUAUGCUGGUAAUAGGGAAUUCUAUGUCAGAAUUUUUUCUUCUUUUAUGAUUGAAAGGCGAGCUAGAAUUGAACCUAUUCAAAGGGACGAGAAUAUGUAA